GCAGGCGGAGUUUAAUGCCCUGACUUGGGAUCGCAUGAAGGAGGUGAUCAUGGAGAAGUAUUAUCCUCAGAGUUAUCGCAUGAGGAUGGAGCGCGCUUUCUGGGAUCUCAAGCAGGGAGCAGGAUCAUUCGAGGAGUACGAGCCAGAGUUCACCCGCAUGAGCGCCUUUGCUCCACAUAUGGUGGACACCGACCUGAAGAAGGCCCACAAGUUCCGGGAUGGACUGAACCGAACUCUCCGUAUGCAUGUUGCCAGCCAGGGAAAUCUUUCCUUUGAUGAGACCGUUAUCCGAGCUGUCCAACUUGAGAGUUAUCAGACUCUCGAUGGUUCUGUCCCUUCUUCUCAGCUAGUUCAGCCUAUUUCCUCUGCGCCGCCCGGCUCUAGUUCGGGCAAGAGAAAGUUUGAUUCCCGUCGGGAUAACCGGAAGGGAAAGUGUGGAGCACCAGACUGCCGUGACGUUCCACCAGCUGCCCAGGGUCAGAACCCGAAAUGCCCUAAGUGUGGCCGCUAUCAUUAUGGAGAUUGUCGUUUCACCCAGAAGCAGAAGGCUGGGGGUCAGGCUCGUGUCUAUACCAUUGCUCACGACGAGGCAGCCAACAACGCAGAUACCAUGUCUGGCAUGAUUUCCUUAUCCAAUGUGCCUAUCUUGGCGUUAUGUAACACUGGAGCUACACAUUCCUUUAUAUCUUCUCAAGCUUGGAGGCCCUGUCUAUUGAUAAUGUGUGCAACUGUGAUCCUCUCGAGGUUAGCCUGGCCUCGGGAAAAAUUAUUAUCUCUGAUUCUAUGGUUUCUGGUGUUUAGGUUAAUAUUGGUGGGCAUGUUUUGGAGGCCGACUGCUAU